UUUGUUUGCAUAGAGAAUUGUGAGGUCACUUUUCGACGUCUAAGCCAAAACACUCGACGAAAAUAUCCUCAUCUCCUAUCUCCGACACAUCUCUCUCUCUCUCUCUCCGUGCUGAAAAUGGCUUUCGCGGUGACGGCGAAGCUCUUCUCAGCGGCCGCCGGAUCCAUCGUAUCUCCGGCGAGAUCCAAUCGGUCGCCGAAAAGGCCAUGCUUCUUCUCCGUCCACCGGACAAAGCCGUGGGUCGGUCUCGCCGAGAACUGGGGUCGCCGUGAAACCACUCCGCCGCCGUUGGCUGCAAACGGCGGAGUGGGAACGCCGGAGGAGGAGGGCGUCUCUCUUGGGACUAUGAAGCUUCCUUUGGACACUGAUCUCGCAAGAUUCGAGACUCUUCUUUUCCAGUGGGCGAAUAGCCUAUGCCAAGGAGCCAAUCUGCCUCUUCCCGUUCCUCUCAAGCAGGUGGAUAAAAUAACAGGAGGAGCAAGGUUAGGUUUCAUCACGAUUUUAGACCAAGGCACAACCGAUGUCCCCGUUUACAUCGAUUGUACGGUUUACCAGUCGACCGGUCCGGGCUCUGGUCCGAUGUUCCGAGCCACCCGAAAUGGACGGCAAAAGGACAAGGCACCUCCAGGCGAAGAAAGGAUCAUGAGAAGCCUUUUAUCGGCCCUCAAAAAAUCGAUCGAGAUCGCUCGGAUCAAAUAAGUAGACGAUAUCGUGGGUGCGGAUCAACUCUCAGGAUUUGGAAUUCGUCUCCAAGUGUCUGGAUCUUAGAUGUUUGAAUGUUGGGGUUCAAAGGGUCAUUCCAAAUGUUUGAAUGGGAUAUAACGCGAUGUGAAAGGUUAAGACUCGAGAUGUUACAAUUACACAACAACGUUUCGUUCUUGUAUAUUUUUUUUUUAUCGUGGUGAAUAUAAUGUAUUUUCAAAAUACA